UAUCCGUCGCAGACAAAAAAAAGCUUACCUUUGGCAGUGCCAAUCUGAGGAACGCUGGUCCGUUUAUAAACGAACUCGCUUCUCGGUCUACGUCGGAAUAAUUCCGCGAGCUCACCGUCAAAAACUCUCGAAAAGUCGGUCAAAUUCGCGACUUCUCUGCUUAAAAGAAGCCAAGCUUUAUACUUUAUUCGUUGCUAUUGUUACUCUCAGAAGAUUGAAUCUCACUGCAAAUCAUCUCAGUACACCAUUCCUGAUUGGCUAUGCUGUUAUUGAAAUAAUAGUGGCUCCUUCGGGUUUAUUUGGAAUUUGUGGUGCUAUUUCUAACAAUGUAUUCUUGAUGAAUCGUUAUGCGCGUGAUCAUUGGUUCUCUGUUUUUGUCUUGACAAUAAUUGAUAUUGUAAAGAUAAUCCUUUCUUUUACGAUGAAAAACAACUCCAUUGAAUCUUGUAUGUCAAGUUCCGAUGAAAUUGAUGAAAUAACUUGCGAAGGUAGAGUAAACUUUAACAUAUACGCAGGUCUUGUGAUAUUUGGAGCUCAAGAAAUUAUUUUGGUUGUUCUUGGUUUAAUCGUAUGGUUUUGUGCAAAACGAGUUUCACAGAAAUCAACUGAUAAAAAAUCAAAAAAUCAAAAAUCAAAAGAUAAACAAACAAAUAAAUCAGAAAAGAAGGAUGUUAAAGAAAUUGAUAUGGAGGGAUUCGAUCAAAUACUUACUGCCUCAACACGUAACCCUGUUGUUCCAAUGCCACCAAAACAGGGUUCACAGGGUUUGCCGCUUGCACGCUCGUCGACAUUAUAUAAUAAUCCUCUGAAUUCAAGGCCUCCAAUUAUUCAGCGGCGUAACACGACAUUGACCUCUCAACAAUUGACAAACUAUCAACAAAUGCCUCAAUAUGUACCAGAUAUGCGUCCUGUAAAUGGUAAUGGUAUAAUCUUUCCACCUAUACUGAAUCAAACUGAAUCUAUAUCAGGUUUUCAACUGCCACAGCAACCUCAACAAUCAUAUCGACCACAUAAUAAAGUGCUUAGUCAUAAACGUUCAGAUAGUUUUCCUCAACCUCGUUCCAUUCCUUUACCACCUAUUCCCAACAAUCCAGGAAUCUAUCAAUCUGCAUAUCAAAGAAACAAUCAAUAUAAUAUAGAUCAACGUUCAACUAUUCAGUCAAAUUCUCCUUAUUUAUCAUCUAAUCAUUCAAAAUCAUUACCAAACUUACAUAACAAUAUAAUUGAUCCUUCAAUACCACCAAUACCACCAAUUCCUUCUAAUCCGGUACCUAAUAGCCAACAACCAAAAAAUAUUAUUCCUCCAAUGUCAAAGAAUAUUAUUUCUCCAAUGUCAAAUAAUAUUAUUACUCCAAUAUCAAAUAAUAUUUAUUCACAGCCAAAAACCCUUAACAAUUCAUUCCAAUCUUUAGAGGAAUCAAAUAUAAUACCAAAUUCUAGUGCUGAUAAUAACACGAACAAUUAUAUAAAUAAUAGUUACGUUUCUCAUUCGAGAUUAUCAAAUCAAGUAUUUCCUCAUCCUUAUGGUGUACAAGGUAGUAAUAGUAAAAGCGCUAAUAAACAAACCUUUAAUCAGAAAGUAAAUAAUAGUUAUACAAAUAAUAGCUAUGUUGCUCAGGCAAGGUUAACAAAUCAGAUAGUUCCUUACGAUGAAAGAAGGAAAUAA